AAAGUCUCAAGGCGUGCGGUCGGCUCGUGUACAUUUCUUUCCCCUCCAAUAUGGCCCAACUUGCUCCUGGCAACUAUUGUCCUAACGUGCUCUAUUCCACAGGCUGCACGGAUGCUGCAUGUGGGUUGGUACACGAUGUGAAGUUUUGUCAGGCUUGUGGCAUCAUUUUCCAUCCCGCAAAACUAUACAAUCAACAUAUCAGCGGUAAAAAACAUCAGGAAAGGGUAACUAUCACUGCUACAUCGUCAUCAAAUCGACUUCGUUGUCCUAUCUGCGCCGUUCAAGUCAGCGGACGACCAAAUUGGCAGCAGCAUGUGGCCGGUGGAAAGCAUCGCAGCCGCGCGUCUCAACAGGGCGUCUCUCCUGCUGUUGAGCCCGAAGAUGCCAAUGUCCUCAGAAAUGCCAGACAUUGCACGCUCUGCAGCAGGAUCAUCUCAUUUUCUUCAUGGUCUUCCCACGUCAGGGGCGCAGAACACCAGCGGCAAGAGCAGCACGCUUCCUUCAGGGCCGCCUUCGAACAGGCGGAAAGAAACAGGAACGGCAUCAAGGUCAUGCCCGAUGGCGACAUCGAUUUCGGCAUCGUCACCGCCACGAAUGCUUCGCAAGGUGUUACGAUCAUGGUGGUGGUUCAGUCCGACAAUCCCUCCAGUCAAAUUCGAGUGGUAUCCGCGUCAUGUAUCAUGAAGAAUCCCAACAGUGCAUGCCCUUUCACUGCAGUGCUCGACGGCAGUGGGGAAGUGAGAGCAGCUCGGGACACUCGCCUGAAGUUGACAUUCCGCCACCAAAACGUCGGACGAUAUGAAGGACGCCUGGAGAUACAUUUCCAGCGUAGCGGACAGAACUUCAUGAUAGUUCGGAGAUUUAAAGCUACCAUCGGUGACACCGCCGAUCAUGAGCUUUUGAAAGUGAUGAAGCCAUAUGUCAAGCAUAGGCGGGUACCCUGGAGGCGAGCGUCACAGUUCCUCCCAGGUAGUCCUCCACCUGCGAUGAAUGCGGUUCCCUGGAAGAAGAAGUUGGAGAUGUAUCCGACCCCAGAAAACAUCAUUGCAGCUCUAAGAGCAAGAGCAUCGCCGCUGCAGAUUAUUGAGUUCAUUCGUCAAAGCAUCCUGCCCGCUACCUUCAAUGAGACUAGUCAUGGCCUCUACCUUCAGGUAUUGUUAUGGAUUGAAGAAUAUCGUAUGGAGCAGGAUAUGCGUUCAUACGAUCUUGCCGAUGCCACGUUUAAGAAAGAAGGAAGAUACCACUUCUUAGACGUGCCGGGACUUGCGGAGAAGCGACCAAGUGUUCUUAUAGGUGAUCGCAUCGAAGUACAGACGUCAGGUGCCACCGACGAUCGCUGCUUCGAAGGGUGGGUGCACCUCGUGCGACGCGAUGACGUCGGCCUCGACUUCCAUCCGUCAUUCAAGCCAAUCGGUAGCCAGCGUUACAACGUCAGAUUCCAACUCAAUCGUAUCCCAUUGCGCAGACAACACCAAGCCCUUCGCAUCUACCGGUCGAAACUUGCUCGUUUACUUUUCCCUCAACCGCAGCAUGUUGGUCUCACGGCAUCGGUCUCCGCAACUGAUCUGUCCUUGGUUUACUUUGACGCUCGAGUCGGAAACAAUGCCGCUCAGGCCACGGCUGUGCGUUCUAUUGUUGAGCUGCGCAAACGAGCGGCGCCGUUCAUCAUAUUUGGACCACCAGGAACAGGGAAAACGGUCACGAUCGUAGAGGCUAUUCGGCAAUUGCUCGCGCGCAACAGUCAAGCACGUAUCCUAGCUUGUGCGCCGAGCAACAGUGCUGCGGACAUUCUCGCUCAGCGGCUCAGCAAGCUGGGUGCGGAUCAGUUGUUCCGCCACUACGCUGUCUCGCGGAAACCGGAUGAGGUGCCCAAUGACUUGCGCCCAUUCAUCUUCUUGAACACGCAGGGGAACUUCUCGGUACCGCCCUUGGAGAGGCUUUCGCAAUUCCGGGUCAUCGUAUGUACAUGCCUUUCUGCGUCAUUCCCGUAUGGAGUCGGUCUCCGUGCGGGCCAUUUCAGCCAUAUCUUCGUCGAUGAGGCCGGGCAGGCCAGUGAGCCCGAAGUGAUGACUGCAAUCAAGCCCAUGGUACUCCCAUCUACCCAGGUCAUCCUCUCGGGCGAUCCUAGGCAGCUGGGUCCCAUCAUCCGAUCCACUGUAGCCCGGGAGCUUGGCUUGGGUAGGAGCUAUCUCGAGCGGCUCAUGGAACGCGAGUUGUAUCAACCGCCAACGGGGCGGAACAGAUCCUACGUCAAAUUAGUCAAGAACUUCCGCUCGCACGGCGCCAUUCUCGCAUUCCCGAAUCAGCAAUUCUAUGACGACGAGUUGCAAGUGUCCGGCUCUCCGAGCGUCAUCAAUGCCUACGUCGGGUCAAGGCACCUGGAGAACCUGAAGUUCCCUGUUAUCUUCCACGCUGUUUCCGGCAAAGAUGACAAAGAAGCGAACUCUCCCUCCUAUUUCAACGUCGACGAGAUUAUCGUUGGAAAGAAGUACAUUGCCGAUCUGCUCGCUGACCGGCGGCACCCGAUCAAGAAGAACGAGAUCGGAGUGAUCGCUCCAUACCAUGCACACGUACGCAAGUUCCGAAAGGCGCUCUCACAGAAAGUGGCAGGAGCUUCGGUGGACGAAGACGAUGCGGUGAAGGUCGCCAGCGUGGAGGAAUUCCAAGGCGACGAACGGAAGGUGAUCAUACUCUCUACCGUGCGCAGUAGCCGUGACCUGCUCGAGUACGAUGCGCGCUAUGCGUUGGGAUUCGUCGCCAAUCCGCGGCGGUUCAACGUCGCUGUCACACGAGCUCAAGCCCUCCUGAUAGUAAUCGGCGAUCCAUCUGUGCUGUCGCUAGAUCCGCUAUGGAGGGCAUUCCUCAACUACGUGUACCUCAAUGAUGGCUGGCGCGGCGAGCCCAUUACGUGGGACCCUCAUGCACCGGUGGAUGACAACGGCGCGUUUGCACAGCAGCUGCAGCAGAACAGCCUGGCACAUAUCACGACAUUCAUGCAGCAGACGCAGGAGUUGGCUGGCGAUGAAGAGGGCGAGGUGACCGGCGCUGAUGUCGAGGAGGGUGCUGCCAACACGGAGCUUGUGCAUGGCGGAGUUCAAGAGUGACUUCGCGUGCAAUAUACAUGAUCUUGUACAUUUUAACACAUAUGACCACUUGCUUGAUGUGUUCGUGAGUAACCCCAAUGGCUGCUUGAAGGGAAUGCCUAUGGUCUGAACCCUGGUCUACAUACAAAAAGUACCAUACUUCAAGUUCCUGCUAUUUAGCGCACAAACGUCCAAGCUCCAGUCCGACACGGAAAGCAACAUUACAAACACCACAUUCCAACAUAGGCCAAUCGCGACCUUUCGUACAAACCACACCCCUGGAUAUUAAUCUGACCUCUCAGGACUAUGUUGCAGAUCAUUGUGCAGCGAUCGGCAGCGGAACGUCUAUAUCACCCAAAGGUAUAUGCUGCUGGCAC